AUGGCGUCAGGCGUUCCUGACGCUUCCCUGGUGUCCGUCUCCGCCAGUCCCGCCGACGCGCUCUACCGCUACCAGAACGCGACGAACGGAUACGCCGCCAAGAUCACAGACGACCAAGCUAACGCACUGAGAAACCGGGAUGACGUCUCAUCCGUCACCCUCGGUCAGGUCUACGUCCUAGGCACCACCAGGACACCGGCCUUCUUGGGUCUCGAUGACGCCUCGCUCCUCGGUCGUGGGCUCGACAUUGACCCGAGCAGCUAUCUCGACGAGAGGGGCGACUACAGCGGGAUCCAACCCGAGUCAAACCUCAUCGUCGGCAUGCUCGACACGGGCGUCCGGCCCGAAGAACCCAGCUUCAAGGAUGACGGCAUGCCACCCGUCCCUGCCCACUGGAAGGGCAAGUGCGAAGCCACCGAUGACUUCCCGGCCACUCGCUGCGACAAGAAGCUCAUCGGCGCGAGGGCCUUUUACAAGGGCUACGAGGCCGCAAAUUCCGACGAAAACGGCUUCUUCAACAGGACUGUAAAGCACAGGUCCCCCAGGGACGACGAUGGACACGGCUCGCACACCUCGUCCACCGCAGCCGGAGUCGCCGUGCCGAACGCCAGCCUCGUUGGCCAGGCCUCCGGCACGGCUCGUGGCAUGGCCGUGCACGCCCACCUCUCGAUUUACAAAGUCUGCUGGGAUGACUUAUCUGAUAUCCUCGCGGGCAUGGACAAGGCAAUAUCGGACGAUGUCAACGUCAUGUCCCUUUCUAUUGGAUUCAGUGGAGCACCCAGAUUCGAUAGCACGUCAAUCGCCGGAUUCGCCGCCGUCUGGGAGGGAAUCUUUGUCGCCCAGUCUGCCGGCAACAAUGGUCCAGCAGCAGCCAGCGUAGUCAACGUCGUGAGCAUCCAUCGCUCUCGCUCCCCUCGUCCCCUUUCUCUUUGCUCCCGUGAAGCUCAAACACAUCGAACUCUAACUGUCGCCGCCAGCACACUCGACCGUGAUUUCCCUGCUCAAGUCAUCCUCGGCAACGGCAAUAACUAUACCGGCACCUCCCUCUACAGCAACGGUUCCGUGACCGACAUCAAGCCCCUCACCCCCGGCGAGGCUCUCCCCCUCGUCCACGCCAGUCUGGCGGGCUUGGGCAACGUCACCAGCGCGAACUUGUGCCUGGAGGGCAGCCUCGACUUCGAUGGCAUGGAAGCCCGGGAUGCGUCCAAUGAAGAUGAAGACUGCAACGACUGCCCCCAAAAUCAGUGA